GUCUGACUGCUGCUGAUGGAAGUAACGAGGAGGGAGGGCGAGGUUCGUUUUAAAAGAAAAGAUCGCACGGAUGGGCGGAGCUACUUUUCUCGCCGCCGGGCGGUGUCGGCUGAAGAAAACCGGUCGCUUCCCCAAGCCGACACAACAAGGACUUCUCUCCCAGGGGGAUUUAAUUGUACUCAGUCACUUGUCGGACUUCAGGUAAGAGGUGUCACAAUGUCGCAGGAGAUAAAUUCCGAGGAAAUGGAGGAGAUCAGAGAGGCCUUCCAGAAAGUAGACGUGGACAGCAAUGGAUACAUCUGCAUCAAGGAACUUGGUAAUCUCUUUCGUGAGGUUGGUUUUUCUGUACCUGGCUUCCAGCUCCGGGAGAUCAUCCAAAAACUUGACCGAGACAAAGACGGCCACAUCGACCUUGAAGAAUUCACCUCUCUAUUCAAGGAAUUAAAGAACGACCGCAUCGCCCAAGGGUUCAGAAAUGCUCUCAACAGGAAGGAAGGCAUUGUUGCCAUUGGGGGCACCAGUGAAAUUUCAAGUGAAGGAACACAACAUUCAAUUUCUGAACAAGAGCGCUAUGCCUUUGCAAACUACAUCAACUCUACUUUGGAGAAGGAUCUCGACUGCCAACACGUGCUGCCCAUCAACCCAAACACCGGAGCUCUAUUCAAAGCGCUGGCUGAUGGCAUCCUACUUUGCAAACUCAUCAACCAAUCUGUUCCCGAGACCAUUGAUGAGCGAACCAUCAAUACAAAAAAACUCACUGCAUUCACUACGCAGGAGAAUCUCAAUUUGGCUCUGAACUCAGCCUCGGCAAUCGGCUGCCAAGUUGUCAACAUUGGGGCUCAAGAUCUGAAAGAGGGAAAACCUCAUCUGGCCCUCGGGCUCCUCUGGCAAAUUAUAAAGAUCGGACUCUUUGCAGAUAUCGAGCUGAGCCGUAAUGAAGCCAUUGCGGCACUGCUGCUAGAGGGGGAGACUUUGGAGGAGUUGAUGAAACUCAGCCCAGAGGAGUUGUUGCUACGCUGGGCCAAUUUCCACCUGAAGAAAGUUGGCAUGAGCCUGUCAAACUUUUCAGGGGAUAUUAAGGACUCCAAGGCGUAUUUCCACCUACUGGAGCAGAUCGCACCAGAUGGCAGCAAAGAGGACGUUGAGCGAGUUGAAAUUGAUAUGACUGGACUUUAUGAGAAAGAUCUCGCAAAGAGAGCAGAGCUUAUGUUGCAGCAAGCCGACCUUCUUGGCUGUCGACAGUUUGUGACAGCUACCGAUGUCGUGUCGGGAAACUCCAGGCUCAACAUGGCCUUUGUGGCCACGCUCUUCAACAAACACCCGGCUCUGACGAAACCAGAGAACCAAGACUGGAAUCUUGAGAGUGAGACCAGAGAGGAGAGGACAUUCAGGAACUGGAUGAAUUCCCAAGGGGUCACCCCAUAUGUUCACCACAUCUAUGGUGAUCUGCAGGAUGCCUUGGUUAUUCUCCAACUAUAUGAAAAAUGUAAGGUUCCAGUGGACUGGAACCGAGUCAACAAGCCUCCAUUUAAGGCCGGGUCAGGCCAUUUGAAAAAGAUCGAAAACUGUAACUACGCUGUGCAUCUGGGAAAGAAAGGAGCUGGUUUCUCGCUAGUGGGAAUCGCAGGACAGGAUCUCUAUGAUGGAAAUUCCACUCUCACCCUCGCGCUGAUGUGGCAGCUGAUGAGAAGGUACACGUUUAAUCUGCUCGAAGACCUCGGGGAUGGAGAUGUGGCUGGAGAGGAUUUAAUAAUCACAUGGGUGAACCAAACUUUGUCUGAAGCUGACAAGACGUCCUCUAUCAAAAGCUUCAAGGACAGGUCACUCAAUACUAGCCUUCCAGUUUUGGAGCUAAUCGAUGCCAUCCAACCGGGGAGUGUGAACUUUGAUCUGGUUCUAAAAGAAAAUCUCACAGAUGAGGACAAACUCAAGAAUGCCAAGUAUGCUAUUUCUAUGGCAAGAAAGAUUGGCGCUAAAGUGUACGCCCUGCCGGAGGACUUGGUAGAGGUCAAUCCCAAAAUGGUGAUGACCAUCUUCGCCUGCCUGAUGGGAAGAGGCAUGAAAAGGGUAUAAAGGGAUGUUGAUAUUCAUUUUGCUGGUUGGACUGCCGCACUGGUCCUCGGGUAGCCAAAUGGGUACAUGGGGUCAAUUUAGCAGCUUGCUGUUUCUUCAUAUAUAAUUUUUUAUUUGGGGGGGCAACAUAGUGGCUGAGUUGUUUUUGGGAUCUCAAAUCUGCGGUAUAUCAGCCUACAGCUUUGUCCGGUGCAUGCUGGGGAAUUCUGCGACCUCACUGUGAAUAGGGAGAAGCCUGUUAAGAAAUAGAAAUCCAGAAAUCAAAAGCCUUGAUUUUUUUACAUAAAUACUGUACUAUUUUACAUGGGACUCAAUUUAAGACUGAAUGUAAGUUGUUAUUUUAACCAGCAUAUACCAUGUUUUAAUAAAACAAU